AUGAAGGGCGAGCUGUGCAGUGUCAGUGGGUACAAGAUUUACCCCAGACAAGGGAGGCGCUACGCCAGGACUGAUGGAAAGGUUUUCCAGUUUCUUAAUGCAAAAUGUGAACCGGCAUUCCUCUCCGAGAGGAACCCUUGGCAGAUAAACUGGACUGUUCUCUACAGAAGGAAGCACAAGAAGAGGCAAUCGGAAGACAUUCACAAGAAAAGAACCCGCCGUGCUGUCAAAUUCCAGAGGGCCUGCACAGGUGUGGCUCUUGCUGACAGAAUGGCCAAGAGCAAUCAGAAAGCUGAGGUUGGAAAGGCCCAGCGAGAACAGGCCACCAGGGCUGCCGAGGAAGCAACCAGGGCAACACAAGCUUCUAAAAAGAGCAAUGGCUGCUACCAAGGCCCCACAGAGGUGGCACCUCAGCCAAGGAUUGUGACCCCUGUGAACGUUUCCGCUCCCGCUCCCUGGGUGGGUGGAAAACACGAAGUUGGCAGAUGA